AUGCCUAUUUCCCCAGUUCAUUUUAUCUUCAUCUGUCUACUUUACCAGCUCACAGGGUCAGCAGCCUCUAAAGUCCUGAAGGAUCUGGUUGGUGCCCUUGGUGGGUCUGUGACUUUCCCUCUGACACACUCAGUAAAUUCGACUGACAGCGUUGUCUGGACCUUUAACACGACUACUCUCAUCACCAUACAGCCAAAAACAGCAAACAAUCAAGACAUUGUCAUAGUGACUCAAAAUCAUAACAAGAAAAGGGUGGAGUUCCCACAUGGAAACUACUCCCUGAAGCUCAGCAAACUGAAUAAGAAUGACUCAGGUGCCCAUCAUGUACAGAUAUAUUGUUCAUCCCUCCAGCAUCCUUUCACCCAGGACUAUGAGCUGCAUGUCUAUGAGCACCUAUCAAAACCCAAAAUCACCAUGGGUCUGCAGAAUACAAAUGGCACCUGUGUGACCAAUCUGACAUGUUCCAUGGAGCAAGGAGGAGAGGAUAUAACUUACAGUUGGAAGUCCUUGGGGCAGACAACCAAUGAGUCCCAUCAUGGUUCCAUUCUCCCCAUAUCCUGGAGACUGGGGGAAAAGGAUGUUACCUUCAUCUGCAUGGCCAGGAACCCUAUUAUCAGCAACUCUUCAAACCCCAUCUUUGCCCAGAAGCUCUGUGAAGAGUCCAUUGAAGAGAAUAAAAUGGACACUCAUCAGGAAAUUCUUAACUACUAUCCCCUGUCUGGAGAGACCUCAGAGUAUGAUACAAUCUCUAACCUUAAUAAAACAAUUCCAGAAGAAAAUUCUGUAAAUAUGGUUUAUUCUGUAAUACAAUUACCCCAAAAGAUGGAGAAAAUCCACUCACUGCCUGCAUCACCAGAAACACCAAGGCAAUUUAUCUAUAAGAACAUCAUCUAA